AUGGACGACUUCAAGCCCGAGCUGCUCAAGGCUCUCCUCGACUGGGUCAACACCUUCGACCUCCCUCACAGAAUCACGUCGCUGAGCCAGCUCGAAGACGGCCAAAUACUGUGGCAGAUCCUCGCCGACAUCGACGCCGACUACUUCAACGAGUCUCUCCCAAAUUUCGAAGAGAACCACCGCCGCCAAUCAGACAAUUGGAUACCGCGAUGGCAGAACCUCAAAUACAUCGAACGCACAACCUCGACCUACAUACGCGAAGAAUGCGAGCAGCUGCCCGUGCUCACCAAGCGCAUGAUACCAGACCUCAAGGCAGGCGCGAGGGAUGGAUCGACAAUGCUGGUUGCAAAGCUCACCAUGGCUGUGCUACUGGCCGCAUGCUUCUCGCCGCGCAGCAACCAGCGCAUGCUGCAGGUUAUGCCCAAGCUGGGCCAGAAGACGGCCGAGACGAUAGCCGAAGCCAUACAAGAGAUGCAGGCCUUGGACCAACGCAUGUCGGAACUAGGCGUCGAUGCCGAGCUGACUUCAGAGCCAGUUCUCUCAGGGUAUAGAACGCCCACACGAGCAAUAUCGGGCCAGCCACCUCCGGCAGGCAACGAGUUGGAGCAGGAGGCACAGCUGUUCGAGGCGAACAAGGACAGGCAAGCACUCAAGGCGCAAGUUGGAAAACUACUUGAGGAGCUCAAGACCUCACGAGAACGCAUAUCCAAGCUCGAAGAGGAAGUCGCAGAAGCGACUGCCUAUCUCGAUGUUCGGGCGGGCCAGGCACAACGCGCUCAAUCCGACGAUGUCGAAAACCUACGGAACGACUUGCUGCGCGACAGACAGUACAUCGACCAGCUCGAACAAGACCUCGCACAUACGAGAGAAAUCAUGGAAAGCCAGAAGCGACGCCUCGAUCGGCUAGAGGGCGAGGAAGGAUCCAAACAGGACUUGCGAGAUCAGCUGCAAGUCGUCAAGGCAGAACGCGACGAGCUGAGCCAAAAGGCCAAGGCGAACGAGAACCUGAAGAAGAAGAUCGAAUCUCUCACCAAGGAAACCAAACAACUGGAGACGCUACGCGAAGACUACCAACAAGCUCGUGAACGGUUAGCUCAGCUCGAAGGCGUCGAGGAGCGCAUCGAUAUCCUGCAGAACAUCAUCAAAGAGAAUGGUCAGACGCUUGCCAACGGAGAGCAGGCCAUCUUUGAAGAAAAGGGCAAGCGCACCCGAAUCGAGCAUGAGAACCUCCUCCUUAUGAAGCAGUUGGAGCAGACUCGCGAACUACAAUACAAAGCAGAAGAUGCCAAACAAGAGCUUGAAGAACGGAUACGAGAACUAGAAUCAUCCAAUCAUGCUGAUCGUGGCGGAAGCCUGGAAGACGAGCUUGAGCAAGACGAGAACGCCAAUCAAGAUACCGACACGAAGCCCGCGUCUGAUGGGCGGGUGAGCGCAGAUGCGAUUGCUCUACAACAACGGGUCGAUAUCUUGAACGUCCGUUUGAAGUCGCUAGAAAGCGAAACACUCAAGCAGAUGCAGGAGAAUUUGGGUCUACGGUCUGAUAUGAUGACAGAGAAGGAUGAGAACAGCCAGAAACCAUUUCUGGAACAGAACGAAAAGCUACAGACUGCUCAAACCGAGCUGGAAGAACUUCGUCGCCGGUUACGAGAACAAGACCUGCAAAUGGCGGAACUUCGCAACGAACUCAACAGGAAAUCUGACAUCGACGACGAUACGCGCACAGCUGCUGUCCAAAAGGAACACGAGCGCCUACUGGUACUGCAAGAGAGGACCAACGACAGACUACGGGAGCUCGAAGUUGCGAACGCAGAGAAGCAGGGUCUCUUACGAGCAGCGUUGCUCGAUCGCCAAAACCUACCGCCAGAGCUUCUUGAGCUCAAGAGAGUCGAAACGAUACGAGAGAUGCGUGAACGGAUAGAGUCUGUCAUCAAGGCCCCAGCAGAAGUACAACCACAAGUGCUAGAUACCACAAGUUCGGAGAUCGCCGAGACUGUGCUAUCCUCCGAAGCAGCUCUGGACAAAGCAAAGAAGGUAAGUAACAAGCAGAUCUCUCAUAGCAAGUCGCCUUCUUCCGCGUUCGACGCAGCGGUUUCGGCAAUGAAGAAACAUCAGCUUGAACCUUCGUUCACUGCGGCUACUCUUGUCUCGCCGGCUUCGCCAAAUCGAUCCCAUCUCGGAAAGGAUAAGUCGCUAUCGGACAUGUCUACUUCAACAGCUGGGACGGGGCAAACUACAUGGGGCCGCAUGGCGCAGCUAGUCUCGCCAAAGCGGAGGACCAAGUCGACCAUGGGCGGCACCGAGUACUACACGAUGCAAUCGUCGAAUGACUGUGCGGCAAGUUUGUCCUUGGCCUGGCUGCCAGAGUAUACUUAUUCAUCCGACUUCCUCUCCUUUUUCAUACCCUGUACUCAUCUCCUCGCGCCCAUGCUAACCCGCAACCGCAGGACCUCCAAGAUCAACUCACAACCAACAGCACACUUCGCGAGCAACUCGAGCUCGCAAAGAAGGAGACGUCAGAGAAGGGCUCGGUAUGUCGCGUUCCCUCCCUCUCCAGAACAGCGACGUGGCAACCUUGGAUAUGGUAGUAACAAGUGCUCCAACAAACAGGUGGAACUCCAACAAGAAGUCGAAAACCUGCGCCGCGAAAACGCACUGGUCAAGUCCAUGUGGUACGACAUGAACCAGCGUCUCCUCAGCAACACCGUCAUCCUGCAAAGACGCAGCGAAGCACCCAAAGGCUGGCUCGGAAAACAAAGAGCCGCUGUCGGCGGCUCCAGCGUCUUAGUACGUUAG